GCAGCAGGUCACGAGCAGAGGCUCCGGGCACGCCCAGGUGCCAUAGUAACAGAGUAGGAAGCCCACAACAGCACCCGAGCUGCAACAAUGUCCGCGCUGGUGGCGAAAGAAGAAAGAAAGAGUCCUCUGGUUCUGAGGCCCUCUUCUCGCGCGCCUAACGUCUCAGUGUCGGGUACUCACGGAGCCAGCAAGCGCUCCAGACUAACCAACAGCGUGCUGGGCUGUCAGAGGAGGAAGAGCUUCAGCCUCGGUGGCAGCAAAGUCCUGGAGAAGAGUGUCAUUCAAACUCCCAGACAGGCUAUCCGGGUGUUUGAUGAAGAAAACAAUGAUGUCACCCCCCAGCCGCUGUACCAGGCUGAUCCGGGAGCAGUGCAGCCAAAGUUCUUUGUGGAUGAAAUCUCUGCAGGGUCAGCAUCAGACCAGACAACAGCCACUGGGAGCUUCACUAUGCCUUUCUCCAGAUCAGUAUUUGGCAGCAGCAGAAUAUCCAGCCAGUCCACCAUAGAGUCAGUGAAUGAAGAGAUCGAGGAGAUGUUUUCUAAACGCGACCUUCCCAUCAGUUUUCCAGAUGUGAAGGUAAAAAAGGACACGGCGACAGAACAGGUGACAGAGGAUAUGUUGAAAGAAGUCGUAGACAUCUUCAUCUCUGAGACAGACACCUUUUCACUCCUGGACAUACCUGGCACCUGUGUGUCUGUGGAUGCUGAUGACGCAGACGCCAUCAUUGCAAGAAACAGUCAGUAUGAGGAGGUCUGCAGGAACCGAGUGGGCCACGGUAAAGACGUGGACCGAUCAGUGCAGACACUGAAUGGAGCAACUAAGAACAAACAGGUCCAGAGCAACAGCUUGAUCAUGGUGGAUGCAGCCACAAAUAUUACCACCUGGGACAUGUAUGAGCCUUUGUGCGAUGCUGAGCAGGAAGAAACGGUGGGGCUCUGUAAACCAGUGAAGACUGACUGCCCCGAGGCUGUUAUGGACUCCAGCAGAGCUGCAGAGAGAAGUGUAGCCAGCACAGCCACUACAGUCAGUGUCUCUUGUUCACUGAAAGACGUGGAAGUGGAUGGGAACAGUUUAAAUACUGAGCUGGAAUGGGAGCUCAUCGUACUGUCAGAGAAAUUCCAACACUGCUUAUUAGCAAUGGAGAAGAGCAUCCUGCGAAACAACAGCCAACCUCAGCUGGCUGCUUACAGACAGCUGGCCGUACUGGAAGAGCCAGGGUGUCCAGUGAAGCCUGACCUCGUGGAGCCGAGGAAGGGGGGGACAGAGAGCUCUCAAUCUCCUGCCCUGGAGUGUCUCUGGGCGUUCAGCUGUGAGCUCAGCAGAGGACGCAGUGUGAGCUGCAUGGCCUGGAACAGGAAGAACCCGGACCUCCUGGCUGUGGGCUAUGGUGGGUUUGACUUCGGGAACCAGACACCAGGUCUGAUUUGCUGCUGGUCCAUCAAAAACCUCAAGUGGCCUGAGCGUGUCAUCCACUGUGACAGCACUGUGACCUCUCUGGAUUUCUCAGCCAGCGACCCCAGUCAGCUGGCUGUGGGGACACGUGACGGCAGCAUAACCAUCUACAGUGUGCACAGUCAGGACAAUCGGUCACAAAUCGUCAGCAGCCGUGAAAGUCCCAGCAGACACAUGGGGCCAGUGUGGCAGCUCAGGUGGAUGCAACAAGAACUGAGCUCAUCAGGAGAAGAGAAGGAGGAAGCUCUCCUCUCUGUGGGUGCAGAUGGCAGAAUCAGCAAGUGGUUUUUCUUCAAACAUGGCUUCGACUGCACAGACGUGAUGAAGCUGAAGAGGGUUCAAAAUACAAAGAAGGCUGGAAGGAACAAGACGGAGACGAUGACAGGAAGUGUCCUGACAGCACUGACUCCUGGUCUCUGCUUUGACUUUCAUCCCACAGACUCCAGUAUCUACUUGACGGGGACAUGGGAAGGUCUCAUCCACAAGUGCUCCUUCUCCAACACUCAGCAGUUUGUCGAAACCUACAGCAAGCAUUUUUGUCCUGUCAACUGUGUCGCGUGGUCUCCAUUCAACCCUGAUGUGUUCCUGAGCUGCUCCUCUGAUUGGACUAUCCAGCUGUGGAAGCAGGACCACUCGAAGCCCUUGCUGGGCUUCACCUCCACCCAGAAGGCUGUGUGUGAUGUCAAAUGGUCCCCAAAGUGGGCUACAGUAUUUGGAGCUGUUAACGAAGAGCAGCUGGAGAUCUGGGACCUGAAUUUGAGCAUUCUGGACCCAGUCUUUGUGCAGCCUGCUGCCCCCGGUGUGAGGAUGACAUCCUUGCUGUUUUCCUCACAGACUGACUGUGUUGUGGUAGGAGACAGUGUUGGUGAAGUGGCUGUCUACCAGCUCAAGAAUUUCAGUGUGGCAGAGCGGAGCCAGGUGAAUGUUCUGGAAGACCUCUGCUCUGCAGCAUCCAGAUGACUUUAUGAAACAGACGCGUGUAAAGCCAACCAAUCUGAGGUCUGUGAAAGAGUCCUCUGUAGAGUUUUAUUCAAGUCUACAUAAGAAACAUAAGCAGUCCCACCCCUUUACCUUGUGUUGUUUGUAGGUCAGACACCUGACAGCACAAUGAAUGCCCCAACCAAUGAAUGAUGUAAAUACUUUGCAGUACAGAGGGCGUUUUUCACUUUCAUCCUGGUUUCAUGAUCUCCAUACAGCCAGGAUUAUAAUUUAGGUGGACAAAUUCAAAAUUUAAAGAGGACCACUGCUUAGUUUCACAUUUUUUUUCUGCUCUUGGCUCUGUGUUAUGUCAACAAGACAGGAAGCCCUUAUACAGUCACCUCAGUUUCACAGCUCUGGCCGGGAGCACAGAGGCUCCACUUCAGGUCCUCUUGUGCUCCACAGCCUUCAAACUGUGAGAGCUGGGGUACGUUGCCUGCUGUACGCUCGUUUCUUUGUUCUGUUGUAUCAGAGCAGCAUUUUUCUGCAAAUCUGAAGUCUUUAACAGGAAUGAAACAAACUGCAUAUUUACCUUGUGUGUUACGAUGGAAUUCCUCCUCAAGUCAUUAAAUUCCCAAAACAAGCAGCAGCCGGCUUUGUGUCAGGUUAUUAUUUCAGUGAAUUUGUUGAUUUUAACAUACUGUCUAUUUAAAAAAAAUAAGUAACUCACACUGCUGCCUCCCCUCACCGUUAGGCUUAAUGUUUAUAUUAAAGGUUACUGAACAGUUACAGAGGUUUGUGUGUGGUAACAAAGAGAAGCACGAGUCAUUUUCUCAUCAUUACUUUGACUUUAUUCUUCAUUUAAAAGCAGCACUUUGCAGCAGCACCACUGUUGGCCAUCCUCUCAAACUGGAUCAGCACUGACUUGUUUUCCUUCUUUUGAAUAAACCGGUGAUCAUACAGGACAUUUCCAAAACACCUGUUAGUCACACAGGCUGUGACCGCAUCCAUGUACAGUAAAGUAUGACAGUAACAGCAGCAUUUGCAAGCUUAGCAUUUAUAUUGCAUGAAAAAUAAAGCACAGCUAAACACAGUAAAUUCCCCUGAUGCAUCAUUUUCAUUAAAGGUCUUUUUGUUUUGCCCAAAGCAUUGUCGACAAAUCCAAUAUAUUAAUAAAUUUACUGUCAUCUGAAAACUUGAUAUAAAGUGUCUGUGCCUUCAGUCUGACUAGUUUCAUAUGUACUGAUGCAUAAAACUCUGAAGAAUAUCUGCUGUUUUCAUUUCAUUCAUUUCUUUUAAUUAUUCUGUUACAUUUUUGUCUAAAAAAAA